ACUUACCCACUCUCUUCCAGCAGCUGCUUGUUUGUACAGAGACCUCAGGCGAGUCCAUUACCGAAGCAGGGUGGAAUGUUCAAGGAAGAACAUUUAUGAUCAUUUCUUUAUCAUUUCCUUGAAGUAAUAAUCAUCAUAUUAAUCAUUUUGCAUUGCAGACGCAGUAGUUCUUCUGCCUUAGCGUCUCAGUCUGAUUUCAUUCCCAUAAAGAAAUAAUUAAUUUUACGCUGGAAUAUCCCUUUAACUUCAUUUUUUAUUUUUAACCUGUUGCACCAAAUUCUGAACUACAGAAACUUUCAGAUUUCUCUUGGACCCCUACUCCUCCCAAAAACCUGAAAGUGUACUUUGAAUUCUUGAAUAAUCAAAGGUUGUCAGUUGAAGUUUGAUGAGAAUUUAGUCUAAUGUGGCCCGAGCUCAGAAUAUGAGUAAAGUUGGAGUUGUCAGAGGCAGCAUUUCACAUUAGAGCUGUACACAUUGAAAUUAAAUCAUCCAUCGGAGGUGGUCCUCAGGUACAGUAUGUUUGUGUUCUUCGUCCCUGGUAACACUGAGGCUCCUCUGUGUAGUCCACUGGCCUCCUUGCAGCACCACCCUGCGCACUUGCAGCCUCUCAAUGACUGCUUUGUGCUCGCUCUCAGCUAUUUUCUGCAACAAAUGUUUGGGUGAAUGAAAAUCCUUGCACAGUAUUGAACUUGGAGCAAAAAUAGAAACAGGAACAUUAUUGAGGAACAGUUACACAAAGACUGGUCCCAGUAUAAGCAGGCUGUAGAGGUCUGGAGCUCUGAAUGUGACUGGUCUAUACCCACCAGAGUAUGUCACUUUCAUGCAUCACAGCAUAGAUGACAGACGGUAUCUCAUAGUUCAGCUCAGUUUUGCAGUAUUAUGGUAUAAUCUGAGCAGCCGGCACAGGCAUGUAGACACACAGCUGCAAGGAGGUUCAAAGGCUGGUGGUGCUGGCUCUGCUGGUUGUAGACACUUUAGUAUACAUGUCUACCCUUUCACUGUGGUCCUAUUUUACCAAAUUUAGAUAAACCAUGCUCAAUUUUACUGUUUUUGGAUGGUUGGCUUAUCACAAUGAAAUUUCUAUUUCAACAACAACAAAAUGUGACACUUGCACAAGCGUGUUUACCAGUAAUCUAUUAAAGAACUGCCAAGGCUGAAACAAAGUCUUUGACUCGUCUUUAUGAGUCUAGGCCGAACUUUGAAAGACUUUAGAGUCCAUGUGUACUGCAGCAGCUGUUGUAUGUACAGACAUCCUGUAGACUCACACACAUCUGUCUCUUUUUCCCUGAAAGCAGCUUUGCCCUCACAGCCCCAGUUUCUGUCGGAGCUCCUCCCAGUCUCCUGUUCCCAGAGCCUCAGACGCUUCUCCUGGAAACUCAGCUGGAUUCUUGUGGCAUUUUAACUGGCAUACCUCCUACAUCCACACACACACACACACACACACACACACACACACACACACACACACACCGGCAUUCACAUGUAGUUUUUCCCCUUUUCUUUUUACGUCAUCAUUUCCCCAGAACAGAUUCAAACCCUCAUAAUUCUUCCACCACUGACUUAUAUCAUUUUUCAAACCAAGUUUGGCAGGCAGGUCUGAUAUUCAGCCUGAUCAUUAGACAGGCUGUGCUUAUUAGCCUUCGAGUUUAUGGUGUGUUUAUUGCCUUGGUUUGUGCUUGUGUACAAACAGACUCUGUUUUCUACUGGCAACAGAAUUUAAAGCUGACAAAAUAAUGUUCAGGCUUCCCUGACCUCAGAAACAGUUCAGACAGCUGACAGUGAGGUCAAACUACAUUUUUGGCAGGCCAAGAAUAACUUUUUGUGAUAGCCAAUAAUGCAACACAGACACGAUUUCCUUAGAAUGCCGUAACUCAAACAACAGACUGAGAGCUGGCAUGUAAACAGAUUUAUUUCCAUGGCAACUGCACAAACUCUAACCGGAGAUGAAGACAGUACCAGACCUCUGAAGGCUAAAAAGGAUCUUCAGCUGCGUUUAUUUAAUCAUAUCUAUGAGUAUUACACUGAUACUUGAAGUGUAUGUUUCACUUGCAGUAUAUUACAGUAAAGUGAGUGUUUUCUGAGCAUGUGUGAAACCUCCAGACCAGUUGCUCUUGUGUUCUCAAAUCCAGCAGAGAAUAGUCUUUUAUAGUAGACAAGACUCCCCUUUUUCCACAGCUCAAAUACAUCAUUAAAAAAAAGCUUUGAACAAGCCUGUUUUCCUUUACUCUUGAAAUUUUAAGGAUCUCCGUCCACGUUGUUUCCACAGGACAGAGACCUGUGAUGUUAUCCGCCCCUGCAUAAAACUGCAGGUUUACACAAAGAGUGGAAAUGGGAGGUGGGAGCACAAACAAAGAGCUUUCCUGUUGUUUGGCAAAAAGGCGAGACGUCCUGAGUGUGGCAGAGACAGAAGAGGAGACAGCAGGCGGACUACUGGGAUGUGAUUUUGAUUUAUUUCCAAACACCUGGGAGUUCAGUUCCUGGGUUGUUUUUUUUUUUUUUUUCUCUUGUAAAAGGAGAUGUAGAGCAGGUCUCAUUCAUAGAACAGGAGACUCCCGCUCUGCUGAGUCGUGGAUCACAUCUCUGAGGGCAGAAGGAGGGAGAGAGGAGUGAAAGAGAGGGAAGGGAGAGAGACUCAGAGGUGCAGAGGGAGUUUAGCUGCUGAAGCAGGAGCAGAAAAUGGGACCGGCUGCCACCUCGCUCGCUCUGCUGUGUUUAUGUUCCCUGAGGGUUCCUACAGGGACAGUAGACGCUUCUCCAACUCAGGUCAGUGGUGCAUUGACUCAAUCAGCUUUAAUCUACAUUUGCAAUGGGAGAUGAUGCAGUUACACUGCUGUCUUGGAUAAAACACUGUAUCCAUUCAUAGUGCUCUGAAGGUGUAUUUACUGUACAAGUGUGCAGGAGGACUGAAGUUUUACUAAGAUUUUAUGAUAAAACCUUUGUGACAGGACUGUGACAGGAAUGACUUCAUCUAAUAUUUAUUCACAAGAGUUUUAAUAUGCCUGAAGAGCGAGUUUCUACCCCUCAAAAGAGAUAAAAACGUGUGUAUGGUGCUUGUGGGUCAAUCUACAUUUACUAAUGAUGCCAUGGAUGGUUGACACACUUAAGUAUUUUUGGUGAUGUGCCAUAAAGUGCAAAUUUUCCUCUGUCAGGUGUGUUGUGUUUUAAGAAAAAUCUCCAUAACUGUAGGAUUUGGGUCGUUACGUAAUUAGAUAAUUAUGAACAGAGUUACAAGUUUCUGUUCUAUGCUGCAGCUUAUCUGGGGAUAUGCACCUUUGGUUGAAGACAAUGAAUCGGAGUCACCCCGGCUGGCCCACGCUAAAAUUACUACUUGGUUAAACUUUUUAUUUUUUUAUAAUUGCCUGAAAUGCUUGUCAUAUACAGAAAUGAGCACAGUUAAUCAAAUAUGUAAGAUAUCAAAGUUGCUCUUGCUCAAGUUGUCUUUGAUCCAUCUUACCCCGACGAGCAGGUUUUGGAUCCUUCUUCUUUUCUUUGUCUUUUUGGUAGACCUGGUACAUCUUCACUAUUGCACCAGCUCCUACAAUGCUUUUGGCAGCACACUGGUGUAACAAAGUGGCAAGUUUUAACAUCGUUCAGAAAUCUUUGCCAUAGUGCCACAAUGUUGGAAAACCUGGAUGUAAACCAGCAGAGAUGACACAGUCAUAGCAGAAUUUCGAUCUAGAAAAUGGAGAUAAAGUUGUACAAUGAUUGUCCCCUGGUUAAAGUAGCAUAAACCCAUUAUUCUUUUCUUUCUCUUUUUCAUUUCUUUUCUGUAAAUAUGAUGCUGGUGGAAUUUUAAUUUCCUUGAGGGAAACUUCCCCAAAAAAAAUUGAUCAAAUUGUAUAUAAUCUAAUCUCUAAUCCAAUCCAAUCUAAUAUGCAACCAACACAGGCAUGUGGGAGUUAACCAGCAGGGAGGUGGUGCUAGCUCUACUAGUGUUAGUCACUCAAAUCCAUUUGACAACAUCCCUAUCCUUAACCAAUAGUUGUGGCUGUAGUUGUGCAUAAGUAAUAAAAAUCUGAUAAUUGAAUAUAAAAAUUGUACAGCUCUAAGAGGGGACAGUUUUCUGCUUUUACUUUCAAUACUUUCACAUACCUCAACUAUAAGCUUCUAUGAUGAAACUAUUGGUUAGCUUUGAUUUUGGUGCCCCCUGUAGACUAAAUGGCACCUCUUAUUUCUGUGCUGAUUUUAUCUUGGACAGUUAUAAGUAGUGUUGGUGAAUAAUCCCGGCAGUUUCAGGCUUUAAAAAUUACGAUGUAGGAGGAAUCAGUCCAUUGGCUCAUGGUUUUGUUUGCUUUAGUUAGUCAUAAAGAGGUUUGUCUGUCUGUUUUACAAACAGCUAAAAUGCCUCAAAGGAGCUUUAACCAACAUUUUAAAGCCGGACUUCUUUGCUUCCACAGUGAGUGGUAUUAAUAUUUUUGUCUUACGUAAUUGAUCUGAAUACUUCCUCACCCUUGGAAAUAGUUUUCUUCCUUAGCACUUAAAGUGAGUAGAAGACUGCUAACAGUUCAUCUGGAACACAAUUAAGAUGGUUGAGGUUUAGGACACAGUAAACUAAACAUUUACUCCAAUCUGUUUCUUGUUAGAGAGGAGAAGGUUAUGUAACAAUCGUUUCAUCACAAAAACGGAUGGCUGACCUGGAAUUUGAAAAUAAGCCAGGUCCAGAUGUACACGGGGGGCAAUUUGUGUUUUGGAACAAAAGUUCUAAUGAGCCUGUUUUGAGCAUCAAAUGCUAUUUUUCAAGAAGUUGUGGUGAAGCUGGGUUUGAUUUGAGUCCAAUCUCCUGGAGCAAAGGCAGAACUGACACAUAAGUGGAGCAGUAUUGAAGAAAUGUUGACAUUUUGAUUUUUAAUUUCCAUGUUCCAGACAUCUCCGCAAGAGAUGAAGAGGGCAAGAGGAGACGUUCCUGAUAGUCUUCCAGAGCCUGAACCAGAGCCAACGAGUCCAGUGUCAGACUUUGAAAACUCAUACAACUAUGUCUGUGAGUCUACAUACUCAUAUCCGCAUCAGAUAACUGAAUUCAUGCAUCUUAUUUUUAUAUCCUUCCUGCUAUUGGCCUUUCUUCCGUUCUUUACUCCUUAUCCUCUGUUGUAAUAUGUUCUGUUGUAUUCCUCAGUGUCCAGACUUGCUGGUAUGGACCAGGCAAUCCACAAGCUGAAUGUUGGUCAUUACACCCUGGAUGUCAAAGUCAGUCAGCUGAUGGACCGUCUGUCCAGGAUGGAUGGUAAAACUAUCAUUUACUCCCAUAAAUCCACUGCUGAUGUCUCCAUUUCUCUUUCAACAACACUUACUUUCCGCCCCAUAAAGUAUACAAUCCCUAAUAAAUGUUUUAAAAUACAGCACAUGUUCUUAAACGUUUCCACUGGGUCAGAGUAAUAUUUCUGUCACAAUGUGUUUUCCGAUAUAACAGCAAUGAAAAGUAAUGUAUUUGUCUCAUUGUCAUCAAGCAAAAGUGCCUGGCGCCAGAAUUUUAAUCUGUGGAGUAUGUGAUCUGCUUAACUGCUGUCAAGGUAUUUUGAUCAAUCAGAAUCAGUAAAAAUACUGAUACUGGUACAAAUACUGAUUCUGACUGGCUCAAAGAUUAGUUAAGAAGUUUCAACGCUGUGGAUCUGUGUAACGUUUAUCUGGUUGAAACCUACGGCUAUGUUCCAAGUGGAUAUCCGGAACAGCCGAAUGGUGAAAAUUGGACAAAUCUAUCCUCGCUUUGACAGGGCCGUUACUUUUUUAUUAAAAGGAGGAUAGUUCAAACUUUAGGGAAAGUUUGCAUUCAAACUGUAAUAAGACCUUCACUGUUACCCGCACAUUGCAUGGCGCCGUUGACCUCAGUGAAUUUAUACAAUGAUGACCUUCUUCAGAAAAGAACUUGUGCUUCAUUCAAAGCCAUCCUGAUUGGACAGCCGUAAACAACCCCCUUGAAAACGAGAUGCUGCAUCUCAAGGGGCUAGCCUGAAUAAAUUGAAAUUGACUUGAUUUGAAAAUAUCUGAGAAGCACCUUAUAGAAGUUUAUUGGGUUUUACCCCACAGAUGGAACAUAUUUGGACAUCAGCAUGUCAAGUCUGAUGUUAAAGGUAUAAGGGUAGUGUUAAAGGUAAAAUGGUUAAAGGUAGUGUCAAUCAAGUGUCUAUUAAUUCGUAAAGAAAUGCAAUUCCUUUGGUUGGACACUAGAGGCAUAAUCUGUAUCACUCAUGUACACACAACUGUAGUGAGUGGAAAAGAGGCAUUAAUGGUGACACCUCAAGAGCGCAAGUUGUUUGUGUUCUUCUAGACUUCUGUUGUCUCCUUAUAAUGUCAACCUUAAUGUAGAUUUUGCCCAAAGUGAAAAUUUAAAGAGUAUGGGAUCAACUGUGCUGGGCACAUAGAUUGCAAUGGCACAUUCAACAAGAGGCAGCAAAUUUGUUUGUGUCAAGAGAAAUUUACCCUGUACUGACUGUUCUCGACUCUUUAUUUCUGCUCUUCCCAUCAUUCAAAUUGUCAGCCAAAGUUGGUGAACUAGAGGACAACAUCCGGGAGGUUUACCAGCACAGCAAAGACAACCGCAAGGAGAUGGGAAGACUGGAAGGUAUCAAAGUUAUUUUACUUCAUUUUUCUUUGCUACAGUGUGUCUGCUGAAGAGUGAGCUCUAAAAGUAACAGAGAUAACAGAUAAAGUGGUGUUUGUAGAUUUGAGUUACAGUCCAAAAUGACUGAAUCUCAUCAUAAAAUUUUGCGUUUUGCCUCACAGGCUGCCAGAAAGGUCGUAGGUUGGGAUACAAAUGCUACCUUGUGUAUAACAACCUUGAGGACUACGCAGGAGCAUCCAGGAAGUGUCUGGAACGAGGCGGUCGAAUGGCGAUGCCUCGUGAUCGCAAGGAGCAGGAAGCCCUUGCUGACUACGUCAAAUCCUUCUUCCACCCCGGAAACUGGCCCGUCUGGUUGGGCAUCAAUGACCUGCGAUCAGAGGGCUUGUACCUUUUCGAAGACGGGACACGGGUUUCUUACUUCCAGUGGCGUAAACAUUUCCUGUCCAGCCAGCCGGAUGGAGGCAGGAGAGAGAACUGUGUGGCCAUGUCGUCAGACGAUGGCGACUGGUGGGACCACUACUGUGACCGGACCAUGAACUACAUUUGCGAGUUUGAUGACAGGGUGGCGCUGUAAAAUGAACACUUUUCCAGAAAACUGUACAAUUUUAUGAUCCUGAACUUUGACCUUUGAGCAUUUCAGCGAGUUGUAUAAAAAGAUGAUAGCUUCCUAUAAGUGAAGACAAAAAAAUCUGGAGCCCCCCCCCUACUGACAGCAGCAUAGUUUUUAUAGCCAGCUCCCCUCCAUGUAAACAGAUGGAACAUGGGUCAAACUGUCAAAUCAAGCUACAUGAAAAUAAUUUUAUUUUCAAUAAUGUCUCUGUCAUUAUGGUUUGUUUUCAUCAUAAAAAUUUCAGUCUGUCUGUUUUUCUGGGAAUUGUAGUUUUAAUUUGAUGCUUGAAGACAAGUACAUGUCUUGAUAUUAUUGUAGAUAUAUAAAGCUUCACCAGGUCUGUUGAGGGAUCUUUGCAUUUUAUGAGUUUUGGUUGAAGGUGGUGAUAAAAUAUGUCACUAACAAAAUGUCAGUGUCUAAUGCAGGAGUAUUUUGGCUUCACUUUUGUAUAAGAGGGUGGAAGUGCACCAUCGAUCAUUAUAUUAAGUCAUAAGAGCAAAAAGACCCAUCAAAUUCUUAACUUAUUGUCCCUUAAAAAGACACUUUAAAAUACAUAGAAUGGUUGUAUUCAAGGCCAAUAAAAGAGUAGCAUCAUCAAGGACAAAGACAUUUUCUAUAAACUAUUUCUAUGCUAUUUUCAAGGAAAAUAUACUUUAUAAUUGUAGUACGCACAAAAUCAUUGAAGUACUCAAUAAGACUUCAGAAGUUUAUGUUAGUAUUAUAAAUAUUGAUAUUCAUGCAGCUACAGCAAUAUGAAGGUAAACUAGUCUGGACUCUACUGUGAUUUUACGCCUGGAUUUCUAAAUAUUUGUUCUUAGUUUCAAAAAGAGGAAAACAAGAAAAGCUGGGGGGGAUUUUUUUUCUCCAAAUCAGCACACACUGACCUGCUGGAAGAUAUAAAUCAGUGUGUGCUCAGGCUUUACAGGGAUUAGGCAAUGUCUCUCUGUUAUUUCUCGGCUUCAGAGGUAUUUUGACAAAGUCUGGUACCAGAUGGGACUUCUCUGUUAAACUGCUGAUUGUUUAACAUUUCUGGCCAGAAGAUUUUCUGAAGUUUUGGACUCUUACACCCCUCAGCAACAAAACAAUGUUGAGAACAAUAUUGGAUUUUAUUUCUUAUCUUUAAGAGACAUUGUGCUUUGAGUAAUUAAAUGAAAUCCCAACACUGAA